AAACACAAAGAGUGUCUUGGAGCACAAAAACUAAAAGAUGGAUUGUGACAGAGCUUGCAUGGACCGGUGCCCACUUCAUUAGAUGCACAGUGUUAGCCAAGCCUUCUCAUAUGCGAUAUACAUGCAAAGCAAAUGCACAACCUGAAGCAACCCUCCACCAGUACAUAAUAAUGGGCUCAGAAGGCCAUGAGAUGCAAGAAUUAAAUGUACAAAGUUCUCCAAAGCUGCACUUCCAACCUCCUAUCAUGUUAACUUAAUUGGCCACUGCAGUUUUGUUCUGUUCAGAGCAUCUUAAGUGUGUUUUUAUCAAGCCUCUUAAUAAAGGGAUUUUCUACCAAUAAUCAUCACCAUCUUUAAAAGUACUUGUAGGUAAAGGUAUGUAUAAGUGCAGAGUGUGCCUCGUCUCGCCUUCCAUAGAUUUUGAGACUUCUUCUUCCCCGUCUUUAAUGAUAGGGGUUCUAAUCUACAAGAGCUUCUGCCAGCCUAGGGGUGCCAACCCUCCAGGACUAGUCUGGAGUCCCCACGAAUUGGCAUCAGUGAGUCUUCUUGCUUCUUGAAAGCAACCCUGGAAAAACACUGAAGGGUGAGGAAUACUGAGAGUCCUGGAAAAACACGGAAGGGAAAAACACGGAAACUCCAGGAGCCGUUUCAGACCCAGCUGGCACCACAAUAAGCCUGUUCUUCUUCGAGGUGGCACAGGACUCCUGUUUGUGUUCACUGUGACCGAGUAACAGCCCGCUCUGGUGCUUUUAGCAGGAGAAGGCGCUCACACAGACUUUGGGGCCUGCCCCGGUUAUCCAUCAACCCACCCAGACACCCUCAAGCGACAGCGGUGGGUGGAAGUCGGAGGCAGACCGACGCCCGCGCCGCCUGCCUCCUCUUCCUCGCUGCACGCACACAGGCGGCGGCGCCCCCUCGCUGCCCGUCACUCCGCCGUGCAGCAACCGCGGCGGCCGUCGCCUCCCCCGCCAUGCCAAGGGACGAACAAGGCGCUCUCCACCCGGCCUGCGCUCGCUUUGCCUCGGCGACCUAAGGAGGCUGGGCUGAAGUGAGCCGGGGGAGGGACGGCCCGGAACGCCUCUCUGCGGGAGCUGCAGCAGGCAGACAGGCCGGAGGGCGGGAAACAGAAGAGAGCGGCAGCGGCGCGGCGGCGGCGAUACGCGCUUCAGAGGAAAACAUCCUGUAACCUCAGCCUGUUGGGAUAUGGAAUCAAUUUCUAUGAUGGGAAGCCCUAAAAUCUUAAAUGAAACUUUCUUGCCAAAUGGCAUCAAAAGCAUCAAGGACACCACAAAGAUCACAAUAGGCAUAAUUGGAAGUGGGGACUUUGCAAAAUCCCUGACCAUUCGCCUUAUCAGGUGUGGCUACCAUGUGGUCAUAGGAAGCAGGAAUCCGAAGUUUGCUGCUGAGUUCUUCCCACAUGUUGUUGAUGUCACCCAUCAUGAAGACGCUGUAGCCAAAGCAAGCUUAAUUUUCGUCGCCAUACACAGGGAACACUAUGCCACUUUGUGGGACCUGAAGCACCUGCUUGUUGGUAAAAUCCUUGUAGAUGUUAGCAACAACAUCAGAGUCAACCAGUAUCCAGAAUCCAAUGCAGAAUAUUUGGCAUCGCUUUUCCCAGAUUCCCUUGUUGUCAAAGGAUUCAACGUUAUUUCAGCCUGGGCCCUGCAAUUAGGACCAAAGGAUGCCAGCAGACAGGUCUGCAUAUGUAGCAACAGUGUUCAAGCUCGCCAUCAAGUUAUUGAACUUGCUCGCCAGCUCAACUUUAUUCCUCUUGAUUUGGGUGCUUUAUCGUCUGCAAGAGAGAUUGAAAAUUUACCUCUGCGACUGUUCACACUGUGGAAGGGACCAGUGGUAGUGGCUGUUAGCCUGGCCACCUUCUUUUUCGUCUAUUCAUUCAUCCGAGAUGUAAUACAUCCAUAUGUGAGGAACCAACAGAGUGAUUUCUACAAGAUUCCUAUUGAAAUUGUGAAUAAGACAUUGCCAGUGGUAGCUAUCAUUUUACUGUCUUUAGUGUAUUUAUCAGGGCUCCUGGCAGCUGCUUACCAACUUCGUUAUGGCACCAAAUACAAACGAUUUCCACCCUGGUUAGAAAACUGGUUGCAGUGCAGAAAACAACUGGGACUUCUUAGUUUUUUCUUUACAACAGUGCACGUGGUUUACAGCCUCUGUUUGCCCAUGAGGAGGUCAGAACGGUACUUAUUCCUCAAUAUGGCUUAUCAGCAGGUCCAUGCAAAUGUUGAAAAUUCGUGGAAUGAGGAAGAAGUAUGGCGCAUUGAAAUGUAUGUCUCCUUUGGAAUAAUGAGCCUUGGACUGCUUUCUCUGCUGGCUGUAACUUCUAUUCCUUCAGUAAACAGAUCACUAAACUGGAGGGAAUUCAGUUUUAUUCAGUCCACACUUGGAUAUGUUGCUCUGCUCAUAAGUACUUUCCAUGUAUUAAUUUAUGGAUGGAAAAGAGCCUUUGAAGAAGAAUACUACAGAUUUUACACACCACCAAACUUCGUUCUUGCACUUGUUUUGCCAUGCAUAGUAAUUGUGGGUAAGAUCAUUUUGCUUCUGCCAUGUGUAAGCAGGAAACUGAGACGGAUAAGAAGAGGAUGGGAAAAAAGACAAUUUAUGGAAGAUGGAAGUGGAGCUGGUUCACAUCCUUCACCGGAAAGAGUUACAAUCAUGUGACUGUACUGCAGUGCUGUUGUGCCUGUUAGCAUUUUCCUUUCGAAGUUCUGUAGUUCAUGAGUACAUAUAGGUUUUGCUGUAGAGACUUAACAAAUUGGUCUAUGGUAAUAAGUGAUACAUGGUGAUAAAUUAUCAGAAAACAGACAACUUUGGAUAGAGGCAGGCAUAACAUUCUGAGUGUGGAAGUCGUUUGAACUCACAUCAUUUGGACACAUAUCACAUAAAUAUGAGCAUUCAGAGGCUUAUGUUUGCUGGGAAGAGAACAUGUAUUCAAAAGUUUUAGUACAUUAAGGCUGCAGUCUUAAGCACAGUUACUAGGGAGUAAGUCCCAUUAAUCAAUGGGGUUUACUACUGAUUUGGGGUUUACUACAUGCUUAGGAAUAUACUGUCAGAAUGUACAUCUGUCUCUACUCUUUACUUUCCACAUUGAGAAGCAUUUGAAAAAGAGUUAUUUUUAAUAUAAUAAAAUGUUCUUAAUUUUCUUUAUUUUUAAGAAAAUAAAACCAUAUAAGGUAAUUGUAACUAGGUUGCUCACACUGUCUUCAGUAGCACUGAUUUCUUUUAGAUGUAAGUAGUACAGGAUUGCCUGCAGUAGAUAGCACACUAAGGCCAAACUAGAUGUGUUGGUUAUAAGGCUUAUUUGUUUUAACCUAAGUCUCACCUAAUCCUAUAUAAUAAAACCCUAAGAUACCUGCGUCCGUGUCUCUGGCGGGUGUUCUGCGCAUGCGUGGCGCGCGCGUACGCAGCAAUGGUAACUACGCAAACAACUGCGUGCGCGCCACCACCACGACGACCCUGGCGGGUUUCCAGCCCCAAGGGGUGCCUUCCCAGCAGCCAUAGAGCUGUCCCGGCUGCUGGACGGCCUCGGAGAAGGCGCCCACCGCCUCGGACGAGGGACCAGGGCGAAGCGCUCGCUCGCCCGCCCGCCCGCUAACGACCCGUCGCGGCCGCCCGGGGCUGCACCUCCCGGGGCCCGGGCAGCGCGGGCUGCCCCCGGCCGGGGGUGGGGGCUCGGUGUCAAGGUCUGGCCAAAUGCCAGGGAAGUUCACGGCUUGGCUGAACGCUGUCGACUGAAUGACAUACGUUGUUUUUCAGCAAGGAGUAGACAGCUGGUGACAGGAUUUAUAGUGGAAGCCGAUAGCUCCCAGCUGGCAAUAAUUCACGGCUUAUUAGCCUUCAGCAAGAGGCGUUUGCGCCUUCUAAUAGAUUCUAAUUGCGUUCUGCGUUUAGUGCGCCUGCGUUGUUGUGGUGUCAAUGUUUCACUGCAUAGUUCUUCUUCCGAUUGGUCUCUCACGCUUUCUGCUGACUCAGGUUGUUGUGCCUGCUCUAAAUCAUUAGUUGGAUCUACCACAGCCAUUUCAUGAACGCUGACAGCUGGGCUCUGCCCCUCAGACACUCCUGACUCGGCUGGAAAGUUGACAGCUUCCCCUUCCUCCUCGCUGUCAGAGAUCGAGGGCGUGACACUCGGUGCCCCGACGGGAGGCCGGGAGCAGCACUCACCUCACUGUCCGUCGAAGGCAUCGCAGCGGCCGAUGGCUCUGCUGCGUCUCUCUCCGCCAAGCAGCAGUUUCCGUGGGGAGGAACCAAGCCGGCCCGCCCCAGGCAGGCAGGUGCCUCCCUUCCGGCGGGCCACUGAGCAGCUCCCAGCCCGGCGGCGGCUGUCCACGUGGGGCUGCCCCGAUCCGGCCCGCCUCUGCCGCCCACGCGUGGCUGCUGGGCCAGCCAGACCCUGGAGCACGCCGCGCCCUUGGCGCAGCAGCAACACCCUCCUCCUCACCUGAGCCAGAGCCACACACCUCCCGGGCCAGAGAGAGAGAGAGAGAGGAGGCUGGCUCGCUCGCUCACUCCUGGCUGGUCCCGGCCAAUUCCUGCUCACCUGGGCCGGGCCUCCCUGCCAGCAGUCCCCCCUCCGGCUGUCAGGAAGCCUCACCUGCUGCUGCGCCCGGGGCCUCUCCCUCUCCUCUCCCUCCCACCUGUCCCUGCUGCUGCCCAGAUCCUGCCCACUCUGGACCCUCAGCUGGCCUGCCCCUUCUCUGUCCCAGAACAAAGCUUUCCUUUCCUCCAGUGUCUGCCCACCUGCAGCUCCUACCCUAACCAGUUGAUAACUGGAGAUUUCACAUUCAUGGUCCCAUCCUAAACAAACACAGAAAUGAGCCCAGAGGCAACAAGCAGAAGGAGGUCCACAUCCCAUGCCCUAGAAGAAAGACUAUACUUGCAAACAUUUCUACACAACUCUUCUAGCUCCCGUUAAUGCACCGGGCUUAAUGACUAGUUGCAUAUAAAAUGGGGAUGGAAAUUCAAUUUCUAGAAUAAAAGGGCAACAAAGGUGCAGUAUCUUCCUUGCCCGUGCCUUGCCUGUAGUUUGUUUCUCUCCCUGCCACCAGCACUUUUCUCCUGAGCUGAAUCCCAGUACUGCAAGUGAGCUUAGCUGCAAGAAAUGCACUUAGGAGAGAGACUGCAGAAAGGUAAAUAGUGGGCAUUAUUAGGUCUAUCAAUGGCUACUAGUCUAACAGCUAUAGGCCACCUCCAGCCUCAAAGGCAGGAUGUCUCUGCGCACCAGUUGCAGGGGAGGAACAGCAGGAGAGAGGGCAUGCCCUCAAAUGCUCCUGCCUAUAGGCUUCCAGCAGCAUCUGGUGGGUCACAAAACAGGAUGCUGGACUAGAUGGGCCUUGGGCCUGAUCCAGCAGGGCAGUUCUUAUGAGAAUUCAGCUGCCCUCAUCUGUAUCCCUUAAUCUAUGGAAUUUAACUGGGCACUUUAGUUCCAUUGACUCCAAUUGAACAUAGUUGCUCCUGAUCUUCAUUAGACUGUGACUAGUAUGCAUUCUAUAUCAUUUUGCGCACAUUUAUCACAAAAGCUAUUCUCAAAAAUGUAGUCCACCUUUCCCUGUCAGCCUUUUCAAUAAGACCAUAUGUUCCACAGAGCAUUUCUAAUAUCAGUGCCUGCUUUGCAAGGUUUUUCUCUUAUCAAAGUCAGUGGUAGACAUCCUGACAAAUGAAGAGUGUGUGCUUUGAGCCUUUGCAGGCACAAUACAUUAGCUUCCGUGCUACUCCCCGGGUCCUCUAGCAGGUGUUCUGUUGCAGAAGAGGGCUAGGAAUUUGGAGUUCUUCUCAUGCUCCAGAACUGCUCUGUACAAUCAGAAACAUGCUCCGAACUCUAGGUCCUCCUUUGCAACUGUGCAUGUGCUAGAAAAUCCCGGGAGUAGCAUGGGGCCACUGUGUGCCUGUGGGUUUCAAAGCUUGUGUACUUCGUUAGGAUGUCAACCAAUAUUUUUUGUGUUCAGAAUUGAGACUAACAGAUUUCCACAGUUGUGCUAAAGAUGGUAGGGUCACUGUGCACACAUGGAUCCUGUUCUUCAUGCUUAAAACCACAUUAGAUGCUGCUGAAUGCUAGGAAAAAGUACAGGUGCAUCUGAGUAGGAUUCUGAAAUACUUUAUUGCAUAGCAUGAAUGCUGAUGUGCACCACCCAAGGUGGAUAAAAAUAAUUUCAGUAGUGCUUACUCAUGACUAACUACACUGAAUGCCACCCCAUUACUUUAAAAAAGUUAAAAUCCUAUCUUUAAACAAUUAAGUUGGAUUUGUUUGAUUUAAAUUGGAUUUUAAAAAAUAAUAAUAAUCAUGUCAGCCAUUGUAACAAAGAAGCACCUUCUGAUGCUGAUACCAACAAGCAUCUUUGUACAAAAGUUACCAUGGAUGCAAAUAACAGACCCCAUUUGGGAAUAUUUUGAAUAAGUCUUUUCUAAGGAAAAUGUGGCAAAUGUAAAUAGUGCAACAAUGAAAUGCAAAACCAGGUUAUCAGAAUUAAGCAAUAUUAAAUCAUUUGGUUGUGUCCUAACUUGUGUUCUUGAAGAAAGGCAGUUCCAUUUGCACAAGGAGAGGAUAAUUUUCACCAAUCCCUGAUUCUUUUCAUGCCACCUUGCUCUGGAGGGUCCCCUAACCCUCAGGAGCAGAUGUCCGGGGAGAUGGGAUCCAGGAGAAAGGGGACAGGUAAUACUAUCGUCUUCUUUACACAAACGCUGGUGCCUUCCAUUCACAGAACAAUUUAGGAAAAAACCCAGUAUGUUUCUAUAGCAGGCAAUUAAUAUGCACUUAUAUUUAGGAGAUGAUAAUUAAUGGAUUUUUAAAAAGUCCAGUCUCUUUUUUUAUCAGUCUCUUUAUAUUUAUUUAUCAGUCUUUUCUUCAUUUAAAUUGCCUUAAUUUAAAUCAAUCAUUCUUUGAAGUGCUAGCUGUUCCAUCUGGGCCUUCUUAGUUUGGAAAAGAUCUGAUUGACAUAAUAUACUUGGACUUCCAAGCAUUUGCAGGGAGACAUAAUAGAGAUAUAUAGAAUGAUGCAUGGAGUAGAAAGACUGGACAGGGAUUUUUUUUUUUUUUUUAAAUCCCUCUCUCACAACACUAGAACCAGGGAUCAUUCCAUGAAACUGAAAUCCAGGGAAUUUAGGACAACAAAAGGAAGUGCUUUUUCACACAGUGCAUAAUUAAUCUAUGGAAUUCUCUGCCAUGGGAUGUGGUGAUGGCCACUAGCUUGGAUGGCUUUAAAAUGGGCUUAGACAAAUUCAUGGAAAACAUGUCUAUCAAUGGCUACUAGUCUGGUGGCUACAGGCCACCUCCAGCCUCAGAGGCAAGAUUCCUCUCAAUACCAGUUGCAGGGGAGCAACACCAAAAGAGAGGAUAUGCCCUCGCUUCUUGCCUAUGGGCUUCUCAGAGGCAUCUGAUGGGCCACUGUGUGAAACAGGAUGCUGGACUAGAUAGGCCUUGAGCCUGAUCCAGCAGGGCUGGAGAAGUUCUUAUGUUCUUACUCACCCUGGAGAACCAUCUGUAUUCUGAUGGACAUCAAGUAUAAUCUUUUAACACCUACGGUACCAUCUGUAUCUUGCUUAUUCUGACAGGCGCUGCUAUAAGUGGCUUUCUUAUCCCAGUAGGAAUAUGCAAUACCUUGUUGCAUGCAGCUAACUCUGGAUUCAGGUGAUUUGAACACUGAGCUCAGAGAAAUGAUCGCCUUUUACUAGCUUAUUGUAGCUGCACAGUUUGGGGUUCCAUAGCUAUCUGUAAUUUUCUCUCAAGUGCUGAUGGUACUCUUUAAGGGACUUUACAUAGCAGAAAUGAUAUUUUGCUUCUAUGUAUAAAAACAAAAUCUGCUUCUAUAAUGAAUAUGCUAAAUUGAAAUAAAUAUUUUUGUACUUUGAA